CAUGUUGCUAAAAGCAGUGAUCUUGGAAUUAUUUGUACAAUUUAUAUAUGGUUAUCAAGAAAAAUAUGUAAUAGAAAACAAGCAGAUAGGCGAGGUCUUAGAAGAUGUUGAAGACGUCGUUCUGUUAGCCAAAUGGAAUUACAAGGACUCACAACUGUGGACUUUGGAACCACAAAACGAAUCUGGAUAUUUUGUUAUUCGCAACUUCGAAACUGGGCGCGACCUAACAUGCUUACCCAAUGUCAUAACCAACACGGAAUGGACCAUAAAUACAUACCACUAUACUAGGAUUAUGGCCGAAAGUUCUACAAUAUUUUUGAAACAGUCAAAAAAUAUCGCGCUGUGUUCUAAGUCUAAGCAGAAUGAUGAAAGCGACAUAUGGUCAUUUAUAAAAAAAUCUCAGCUAAACAGGAGACCUGUAACAGAAAGCGUUGGCACAGGAUUGGUGAUAGACGACUCUCGUGGUUAUCGAGAAAAAUAUGUAAUAGAAAACAAGCAGACAGGCAGGGUCUUGGAUCAUAUAGAAGGUGUCUAUUUGUUAGCCCACUGGCGUAACAGGGACUCUCAACUCUGGACUUUGGAAUCACAAAACAAAUCUAAAUAUUUUAUGAUUUGCAACUUCGGAAGUAGGUUGUGCAUAACAUGCUCAGGCAAUGACACAAGCUACGAUCUAUGGACCAUAAAUACAAAAGAGUAUACCAGGAUUACCUCUGAACAUUCUACAUUUUUUUUGGAUCAGAGAUAUAACCUCAUGCUGUGCUACAAGUCUGAGCAGGAUGGUGAAAGUGACAUAUGGUUAUUUAUCGAACAAUCUCAGAAGAUAAACAUGAAAUUUGUAAUAGAAAGCGUUAGGACAGGGUUGGUGAUAGAUGAGGGUGGUGACGAACUUCAAAUGACCAGAUGGAGGAAUACAAACUCGCAGCUGUGGACUUUGGAACCAAAAGGGAGGUCUGGUUAUUUCAUUGUCAACGUCGCAACUGGAUAUAGGAUAACGUGUAAUGGCAAUAACAUAUGGCAACUGAACUCCCAUGGCGAAACGCGGAUUGAAGUUAAACAUCCCAAUAUCUUUCUGACGUCAAAAAAUGUUCGCCUACUGUGUACGUAUAAUAAAACAAGUCAUGACAAUGACAGAUGGCUGUUCAUCCAACAGUCCAGAAAGGUUAACACGAAGUUUGUGAUAAAAAACAAGAAAACUGGAACAGUUUUAGAAGAAGCAGAAGAAGCUCUUAAAAUAGGAGCGUGGCAAUACAGAGAGAGGCAAUUAUGGACCUUGGAACCACAAGGUAAAUCCGGAUAUUCCAUCAUCAACGCCGUUACCGGAAAUGCGUUAACCUUCUCUGAAAACGGCGUAGAGAACCAAGUGUGGACACUGCACACCCGUGGAUAUACGAUGAUCCAAGUGGAAGAUCCUAAUGUUAAUCUGGCCAACAAGAACGGUAAACCAGUAUAUAUUAAAUACAUACAGGACGAUGAAAGCGACAGAUGGAAGUUGAUUGAACGAGAUUCCAUAAAAACCAACGUAAAAAGAAAACCUAUUUACGUUGAAAGCUACCAGCAGAAGUUUAUGAUAGAGAAUAAAAUGACACGAACUGUACUGGAGGAAUCAUCAGAAGGGACUCUAAAAAUGGGCAAGUGGGCAAAUAGAGAUAGUCAACUGUGGGCUUUGGAUUCGCACGAUACUUCAGGAUAUGCCAUUGUCAACGUUCAAAGUGGGGGAACUUUGACGUAUUCCGAAAACGGCGAGGAUUUUCAAAUAUGGUCGCUGAGCACCCAAGGAAAAACAUUUAUACAGGUUGAAGGUCGCAACAUUUUUCUUAUCAGUAAGAGCGGUAAACCGGUUUACAAUGCAUAUAAGCUUUACGAUGGAAGUGACAUGUGGUCAUUGGUCGAACAAGAAUCUAAUACGGAUAAGAGAAUUUAUGUUGAGGAUGGUCAAGACAAAUACGAAUACGUUAUAGAAAAUGUGAAUACGGGAAUGAUAUUGACACAAGAAGAACAGUACACUUUUGAGGAAUGGCAAAAUAAAGACUCCCAGCUAUGGACUUUGGAACCACAAAAUAAAUCUGGACAUUCCAUUAUUCGCAACUUAGCAACUGGAGUUGAUAUAUUUUGCCUUGAUGAUGAUGACAUAUCCCAAAAUAUAUGGAAGUUGAACAUUAAGGGUGACACGCAAAUACGAAUGGAUUAUCCUAAUACUCUCUUAACACAGGAGAACAAUUCUCUUAUGUGUAUUUAUGGAGAAUCUACUGAACAGAAUGACAAAUGGUUAUUUACUGAACGGUCCAAGAAAGCUAAUAUGAAGUUUUUAAUAAAGAACAAGAAAACAAGCAUGGUCUUGGAGGAAGCAGAAGACGCUAUUAGAAUGGGGGAAUGGAGGUACAGAAUUUCGCAGAUGUGGACUUUAAAGCCACAAGACAAGUCGGGAUAUUUCGUCGUCAACGUUGCUAGUGGAAAAGCUCUGACGUAUUCCAAAAACGACACAGACUUCGAUUUAUGGAAAUUGAAUACCAAGAGUGACACAAGGAUCCAUAUUGAAAACGCCAAUGUGAUCUUAGCCGACGUAAAUGGCAAUGUAGCAUGUCUUGAUCAUAAGGAAAAUGAUGAAAGCGACAAAUGGCUCUUGAUCGAAGAAGAACUUGAAGUUAAUGCGAAACCAAAACCUAUAUAUAUUGAAGACCACCAAGAGAUAUUUGUGAUACAGAAUAAAAAGACAGGAAGGGUGCUAGAUGUGCCAAACCGGUUCCUCAAAAUGAGAGAAUGGGAAAAUAAGAAUUCGCAAUUGUGGACAUUGGAAGCGGACGGAUUUGAGCAUUACCUCAUCCGCAAUGUUGCAAAUGAAGGAGUUUUGUCGUAUCUAAAAGAGGGUAAAGAGUACAAAUUAUGGAAUUUGGACAUUAGCAGUAACACUUCUCUGAAAGUGGAAGGCACAGACGUAGUUUUGUCCGAUAAAGAUGGUGCAGCAGAAUUUACUGAAGAACAAAAUGACGACAGCGAUAGAUGGAUGCUGGUCGAUGAAGUUUCAAGAAAAAGAAAUGCGAAACUAAAAUCGAUUUUUGUUGAAACAUAAGCUGCAGUGAAUUCCUCUUAAUUAGAAAUUUGUAGUCAUUACAUACAUGUAACUAAUAGCAAUAAAGGAAGGAAGUCUCAUAUUA